CGUGGUGUCUGAUUGAUAACCUGGGAGACAAAGCCCAGGGCAAACGCGCCUAAAUGUUUAGUAGAACCAUAGUAACCAUCAAGUAGAUUCAGCAACAAGGAAAACGUUCUGAACGGUGUUUGAAUGGAAUCAUAUUUAUAAUUUUGUCAGAUAAUUCACGUCUGUUCAAAACAUGGACGACCGCGGUCACACAAAUGAUGUUCAGGCGGAGCUGGACUCUGUGGAGGCGGAGCUGGAGUUGGUGGAGCUACAGAUCGAAGAGUUCCUUGAAAAGAAAACCCAGUUGACUUCCCGCAAGAACGUGCUGCUGUGCAAGCUGGAGGAGGCCUGUGAUGCCGCGCCUGCAUCAUCUUCGUCAAGCCAGCCGUCUAGAACUGCUUUUGAACUGAGCAAAGAGGAAAUGCGGCAGUAUGAUGGCACAGAUUUUGCGUGGUCCAGAGAUGUGUCUCAGCACCUGAAGGAUUCAUUUCACCUUUCCAAGUUCAGACCCCUGCAGCUGAGGGCCAUCAAUCUGACCCUGUCUGGAAAAGAUCUAUUUUUGGUGAUGCCCACUGGAAGAGGAAAAAGCCUCUGCUAUCAGCUACCUGCGAUCUGUUCCGACGGUUUUACACUGGUUGUGACUCCCCUGAUAUCACUGAUGGAGGAUCAGCUCAUGUACCUCAAGUCCAUCAACGUGCCUGCGGUAAUGCUCAAUGCCUCUAGUGGCAAGGAACACUCUAAGACAGUUUUAGCUGGCAUGAUUGACAAGAAGGCACCAUUUAAGCUACUUUACGUGACUCCCGAGAAAAUUGCCAAGAGCAAGAUGUUUAUGUCUCGUCUGGAGAAAGCCAACAAUGCAAAUCUUCUGAGUCGCAUUGCUGUAGACGAGGUGCACUGCUGCAGCCAGUGGGGACAUGACUUCAGACCAGAUUAUAAACUGUUGGGCAUCUUGAAGCGACAGUUUCCCAAGGUCCCAGUAAUUGGGCUCACAGCUACAGCAACCAGCAGCAUCCUCAAGGACUGUGGAAAGAUCCUUUGUGUGCAACAGCCAAUCACACUCACAGCCUCAUUCAACCGAACCAAUCUCUAUUAUGAGGUUCGUGCUAAAGUUUCUGAUGCUCCAUUAAUAAAUGACAUUGCCUCACUGAUUAAGAACCGAUACAAGGACCAGUCAGGGAUCAUAUAUGUGUUCUCUCAGAAGGAUGCGGAGUCGGUGUCCUCUGAACUCCAACAGAGGGAUAUCUUGGUCGCUCCCUACCACGCCAACUUGACCCCUGACGAUAAGUCUAGCACUCAUCGCAAGUGGAGUGCUGGGAAAAUCCAGGUGGUGGUCGCCACGGUGGCAUUUGGAAUGGGAAUAGACAAGCAUGAUGUCAGGUUUGUCAUCCAUCACACCAUCAGCAAGUCAGUUGAAAACUACUACCAGGAGAGUGGACGGGCAGGUCGAGAUGAUCUUCCAGCUGACUGCAUUGUCUACUUUGGCUUUUCUGACAUCUUCCGCAUCAGCACAAUGGUAGUGAUGGAGAAUGUUGGUCAACAGAAGCUGAAUCAGAUGGUGACUUACUGCCAGAAUGUUGACAGGUGUCGUCGCUCUCUCUUGGCAGUUUAUUUUGAUGAAGUGUGGGAUGACAAACAAUGCAACCAGAUGUGUGAUAGGUGCCGCAACGGAAAAGAUGUCCUCCCCACGGACAUUACCCAACAUGCCAGGCAGGUGGUGCAGAUUUUGGAGCAGGCAGCAUCCAUGGAUGAGAAGCUGACUCCUCUCAAGUUGGUGGAGGCCUGGAUGGGGAGGGGCCCCGCCAAGCACAGGAAGUUAAUGGAGACCACCAGACUUUCUCGACCACAGGCUGAGGAUGUGAUUGUCCACCUGCUGCUCCAAGGAUACCUCAGGGGAGAUUUCAGUUUCACACCAUACACCACCUACUUUUACUUAAUGCUGGGCCGCAAAGCUCCCCUGCUGAAGAGCCAAACUCACACGCUGAGCAUGAAGAUGCGAACGACUUCGCCUCAGUCUUCAUUGGUAAAAACACAGAGAGACCGGGGAAAAGCCAAAGUGGGAAAGGGAUCAGAUCAGAGUGAUGAAGACGCUCCUGUGUCCAAGAAAACCAAGAAAAAGCUCACAUAGUGCCCCCCCCCCCCCCCCCCCGCCCCCCCCCACCCAGAGGAGAAGCUGACUAAGUACAGUCCAUCAUUCUUUUUUUCUUGCUCAUCGCAUGGCAAUCUACAGACACUGGAAUGAUUCGACUUUAACUAAUAAAUGACUAAUUGGUACUGAGCAGCAGGAUUGGUGGAUUUCAAUUUGGCACAUCCUGGAUGCAUGAAGAUCACGGGCUCCUAUUACAAGUUACGGGAUGCGGAACCUCUAAGGUCGAGCACAAUGCGUUCCGGGUUGCUGGUCCGCUUCGGAUUAGUUCGGAAAUGGUGAAGUCAUGGAAAAGAGACGUAAUCCUCUUCAGGGUCAAACAGACAGCUUUACUCGUCAUUGUUAGCAUUGUCGUAUGUCGUGAAUGUGUAAAAAAAAAAAAAAAAAAAAAUAUAUAUAUAUUAAUAAAAUAAUUAACCACUGUUAAUAUUAGGAUGUAAAAACAAUAGCGCUACCGUAACUUCAAUGAUGAAGGGGUAAAGCGCCUCACACAGACCACAAACAGUAAGAAGAACUUAGGCACUGUCAAACAAAAACAAAACACUCAGGCCUUGAGUGAUGUACUGUGAUGUCACGCGUGGCGGUUGGUUCGAAGUUUUCGACUAAUUUUGAGGCAGAUUUUCUCUGGAAGAUAUUGCUUUUUGACUUUAGAGGUUGCACUUUGUACUGUUUUAUUCUGAAUGUCAUAGGGACAGACAUUUUAAAACAUGCACAUUCUAUAUUUAUGAACACAUUCCUGCACAAGAGGAUAGAAAGGGGGGUGGGGGGGGGAGAGAGAUUGCUAUUAUAGGAAGUCAGAGUAUUGCUACAUUUGAUUUAAAAUGCCAAUAAUGGUUUGAGUCAUUUGUGUCUUUAAUGCUAUCAUAACAUAACAUUUUGGGAUAAACUUGCAACAAUUCUAUGCUGAUACUGGUUUUCAUUGUGACAGGAUGUGCCAGCUCCCAGUGAGGAGAUCAUUGAUAAGGUCUUACACUCUUUUGUUAAGGAAAACCGCUGUCUCCCCCAA